CCCGCGCCCGGCCCGGCCCGGCAGCGCCGCCUCGCGGGCGUCAGCGCAGGCGCGGCCAUGGCGGCGGCCGGCGGCGCGGAGGGCGCGGAUGGAGGCUCCGCGCUGUGGGCCGAGGUGCGGGCGCUGCUGCCCCGCGCCGAGGAGGGGCUGACCUUGGCGCUGAGCGGGGAGGUGGAAGGCUGCGUCCUGCCGCUGCUGCGGCGCGCCCGCGCCCUGCUCUACAGCCCGCCGGGCCCGCCCGGGGCGGCGGCAGCGGCGGCGCUGGCGCGCUUCAGCGACGUCCUGCGCGACUAUUCCUGGGAGAAGCUGAACGCGGUGCCGUGGAGGGAGGUCGGCAAGGGCUGGCGGCAGGUCUACGCCUACGGCUGCCUCUUCGGGGCGCUGGCCGAGGUGGCCGCGGGCCGCCCGCAGGCCGCCGUGCGCCUCUGCGACCUGGGGCUGCUGCUCGGCGCCGCCGUCCUGGACAACGUCCUGGCGCGCCUGGUGCGGGCGCUGCAGCCGCGCCUGCCCCGCGGGACCGCGCCGCGGGACCGGCCCCGCCCUCCCCGGGGGUCUCUGCCGGGUGUUGAGGGGGAACGUCCAUUCCAGAGGGUCCGGCCGGAGCGGCCCCCGCCGCCCCCCGCGGUGCAGCCGGAGGAGGCGAUUCCUCACCUUCACUGCCCUUCGCUGGAGCACUUCAGAGACAACUACCUCAUUCCCGAGCGGCCCGUGGUCCUGGAGGGCGUCAUGAACCACUGGCCGUGUAUGAAGAAGUGGAGCGUGGACUAUUUUCGUCAAGUCGCAGGGUGCCGCACAGUCCCCGUGGAGUUGGGCGCCCGGUACACAGAUGAGGAAUGGUCUCAGCAGCUCAUGACUGUCAAUGACUUCAUCAGCCAGUAUAUCAUGGAUGAGAACAGUGUAGGAUACCUUGCCCAGCACCAGCUUUUUGAUCAGAUCCCAGAACUGAAAGAAGAUAUCAGUAUCCCUGACUACUGCUGCCUGGGGGAAGGGGAAGAAGAUGACAUCACCAUUAAUGCUUGGUUUGGUCCAGGAGGCACAAUCUCUCCUCUUCAUCAGGAUCCCCAGCAAAAUUUUUUAGCCCAGGUAUUAGGAAGAAAGUAUAUCCGUCUGUAUUCACCACAAGAUUCAGAAAACCUGUACCCACAUGAAAGCCAAAUUCUUCACAACACUAGUCAGGUUGAUGUGGAAGAUCCCGACUUGGUCAAGUUUCCCAAUUUCACAAAGGCUGCAUUUCAGUCCUGCAUUCUGAUGCCUGGACAGAUUCUGUUUAUUCCAGUUAAAUAUUGGCACUAUGUGCGAUCACUUGAGCUCAGCUUCUCUGUCAGUUUCUGGUGGUCAUAACUCUGAGGCAUCGUCUGCAGCAUUGUAAUGGGAAUUAGAGAUCAGCAAAGUAGCAUCUAGCAGCAUCUUUUCAUGAGAGGUUAGAGGUGGAGCAAAACCAAAAACCAACAACCUCUUGCUAAAGCAUGGAGAAAGAACCAGGACGGGUAAAUGGAAAGGUGAUGCUGCAGCCACUUCAUUUUUGUAGAUGUUUCUAAUAACUCCUUGUGAAGAGCGUAUGUUAGGUCACUGUCCUGUGUGCCUGUGUCCCUCAGAAACAGCCUGUGUCUGGGCACUGCCAGGGCUCUGCCUCUGUCUGCAAGGGUCCUGUCGUACUCUUUCCCAAUUGUUCUGACUGUGGCAAUAUUCCCUCCCUUACUGAACACAGCUGCUCAUGACCCGGCCUUAUGUCAAGACAAACUGUUCUGCAUCUAAAGAAGGGACAAAACUCAAGCCACAGUGCCAGCUGGAAGUGUUCCAACUCCAGCCCUAGGUCAGAGACCUUACACGUGCUGCAUGGAUUUCUCACCUGCCUGAGGUGCUACAGCAGGUGUCAGUUCCAUUGCGUAGCUCAAACUGUACAAAUAAGGAACACCUGCUGAGAAAGGCUUCUUUGAAGAGUCCACCUGCAUAGAUCAGCUUGCAGGACUGACUAAAACACUUGCAUCUUUCAUCCCCAAAACAUGCACUGAAAGUCCCAACCCAAGAAUAUGGAGAACUACAAACACAAAACAGCCUCCAAGAAAGCUGUGCAGGCAUUACUGUGAAGGAGAACAGGAAGGUCAACAAUAGUUUUAUUAUAAGAUUCUUAGAACUUCAGAAAAUAAGUACACUGGCCACUGUUACUAAUGAAUAAAACACAGUCUAGCUGUUCUGCCAGAAUGAGUGAAAACAGCUGUCACUGACAGCAAGUUCCACUGGCAUCAUCUAGGGCUGAGAACGGAGCUCUAUGGUGACUGGGAGGUCAUCCGACUCAUACCUGUAAAGAAAAUGAAGGUUAAUGGAUGACACACACAAAAAAAGGAUAAUAUUGUAUAGCCUCCUGAUUUUUAAAAUGCUUUGUAUAUUCCUGUGUUGCCAUUCACAAUGUCCAAUUCACCCAGAGAAAUGGGGCGUUCCAAAGAGAUUCUUAAAAGCUCAGUAUUUCCAGAAGUUUUAGUGCCAUGGGUUGUGUGUGUGUCCCCUAUUCCCUGCCACCUCCCCACCUUAAGGUAGAUAUAAACAACAUGCAGGGUCUGCUGUGCCCCUGUGGCACAGUCCAGGCACUGUGAGGGCUUGGUGUUGCCCGUGUGCGGUUUAAUGUCUCAAACGUACAGCUGAAGCCAGAAAAAACUGAGAGUUACAGUUGUAAAUAAUACAGGUACUGCCACUAAACGUCACAGCUCAUUUUCUAGUAUUAUUAUACUGUUUUUUUAAAAAUAGAUUGCUUGGUACCUGGGAUGUCACAAGACCAGAAUUCAUUACACUUCGGACAACGGGGUUCAGUCUGAGCUUUGAAGUACUUUCUGACACAAGGUAAAUGCAUUCCAGUUCCACAGGAUUCACAUACUUGGCUCUGAAAUCCAGGAGUGAUGAUUAAAAAAAAUCUGUCCUUCAAUUUAAGAGGAAGUUGUUACAAAGGGCAGCAGAUGUGCAAUGCAGUAUUCCAAAGAUGUGCAAUGCAGUAUUCCAAAGAUGGUUCCCACAGUAUGGGUGGUAGAUACUCAACAGUCAAAGCUGAUAAAUAAUAAAAGGAGGUGUUCUGGAAACUAGGAAAUAGUAUUUCCAUAUAUGGACAAAAUAUAGCUUGAAAGACAACAAUUUCAGUGCGAUAAGGGAGACCAAUUGGGAAAAAGUAACAUGGAAUCGUGUUAGUUGGGCAGAUCAGAAGAUGCAGGCUCACAGAGCAAGAGAAUGCAGCAGCUUUGGAAUAGAAAUCCAGGCUGUAAACACUUAUACAAGACUAAACUGGUAGCAUCCCAGUUAUCACAACCCAGUGUUCUAGCAUGCUCUAUAUAGCCACAUGUUCCUUCUGAGGUCCAAACACAAGUAAUUACUGAGCCAAACCCCAGGAACCCCAAGAAUGAACAUGUGUCACGUGAAGACUGCUGUUGAUAAGGCCCAAAGAGGAGACUGCUAACACCUCGCUGCUAAACCUGUUUCAACAACAGAGGCUCAUCUCUAGCCUGCUGGUUUGGAAAGCCAGACAGCGCAACCACGUUCGUCAUUGGGUGAGUGCACUUUCCCCAAGUUUAUACUUGGAGACACUGCUCCAAGACAAUUUUUUGCUAAAGACAGAAGAUAAAAUGCCUACGAAGAAAAAUAAUGCUUUUUUUUUUAAAUUAUACAUAAGCAUCAUGACCAGAUUACAAGACCAGGAUUUUUUAAUGCACACCUAAUACUCAAAGGGAAGUAUCACAAACCUCAGCUAUGACCAUGUGAUAAACAGACGUUACCUGGACUGCGAGGCUGUGACAGAUGUUACAUUUCCUUGCCAUGUCCUGGUAGUUGCUGAGAAUGUACUGUUCCAUUUCAAUUAUGCAACGAGUAUGCAGAGUAUAUUCUCCAUUUUUCUAAGGAAACAUAUCAGGAUGAGGAAUUUCUUUUAACUCCUUUGACCUUUUUUGACUUUGCUAACCCCCUGCUAGCAAGCAUUUGACAGCCACUUUUUUCUGCCAUCAUAAAACUAACAUGCUAGUACUGGUACAAUGCAAAGCUAAAACACUUUUGAAGUAGCAGAACUCCUUUGUUUUGCGGAGCAGAAUAAAGGUUCCACAUCUUUAACUAGUCCUUGGGAAGUACAGAUGAGCAAGCAUGCUCUCCUUAACAGAGGCAUGCAGUUUUGAGUUUUGGGACCCUCCAUUCGCACAUUAGAGAAAAUUCACCCAGCUUUCAACAAAAUCUAGGUGUUUACUGCUUGAGGUAUCUUUGGAAAUCUCUGCUAAAUCACUUUAACAUAUAACUGACUGUGUGGCAGCAGGUUGGAGAUCUAUGAUGCAAUGACUCCAGCAGAGAAGGACUGAGGUCUCAUUUGGCCAGCAACUGCAGUGUUCACACAGUGAGCCCAUCUCAACUGUUCCCUCAUGAAUUAAAGGAGAUGUGACCAUAUGCACAGUGGCCCAUGCAUUCCUGGUACAGGAGUUUUCAACAUGUUUGGCCUCGCCACUUUUCAGGAAAUUCCAAAUGUAACUAACAGCACUGAUCACCCUGGAGAGCUUUCCCCAGCUCCCAUUCCUGGUUGAAGGAUGUCUGUGUGUGACUGGGCAGGGCAGGACACACGAACCCACCUGGCUCAGGUACAAGAAACUGAAACCAUUUAGUCCUGUAUAGACCUACCCAAGGACCUUUUCCUUGUAAGUCUACUUCCUUUUCUGCAAAAAUCACCAGAGCAGCAAUAAGCACAGGCCCCCUAAAACCAUUUUUGCCAUCAUUCAUCAAAGAAUAGCUCCAGUUUCACCCAUCAUAUCCAUAAGAACAUGGUAGCUGGACCUACUGAAAUACGAACACUUGAAAGCAGUUACCUCAGAGAGCCACUUAUCCUCCACAAAAACUUUCAGCACUUGUUCUGCUUCCUUUUUCUUCAUUUUCUUUGUCUUAAGUUUGUCAGCCAAGUUUAAAAUAUCUGUAGAUGAGGCAAAGCCAUUUUCUGAUAAAAUGAUUAGGUCCAUCUACAAAAAGAAACAUUACUAAGUAUAAAAAGCCCUGCAGACAUACCUUACAGUAAUGUACUGAUGUACAGGGUUUUUAGCAUCCAUACAUGUGAGAGAUACUACAGAAUAUGGCUUGAACCAGAACUGUAAAACAAAGGCAAAAAGCUGAAACAUUUUGUCCCCCUUGACAGUUUUGAUGUUUGCCAAGAAAACAUUUCCACAAAUAGAAGUGUCCGUGCUGCCUAAAUGAAGCUGCAUUCAGAGACCCCUCAGCACACUCAGCAGUGACAGAUCUGUUUUCUUUUUAUCUGCUCAACUAAGUUUUCCACUCUGGAGUCACCAGGACUUCUGAGCCUACCUGGCACCUGAAGGCUGUACAGUAUCACCAAUCUUCACAGAACCUUACUGGAAACAUUCCUGCUGCUUGUUAGCACAGAGCAGCCCACAGAGUCCAUGUCAGCAGUGACAUGGGCCACGACAACACACCCUCUGCAGUGCUGACCUGGCUGUGUAGAGGAGGGCAGGGAAACCUCUGGGUCCUAUCCAUGGAGAUUAGACUUCUGCAGCUGUCACAGAACAGUCAAUACACCUCUCUUUCCAGUUCAUACAGAAUAUGUAAUGAGUGCAAAAAAAAAAGUCUAGUGUCUGGAGAAAUUAAGUCCUCAAAGUCCAAGACACUGUGAGAACAAUUCAGUAAAACACCUGAGAUACACAGCUAUGAUCACAACUCACAUUAAUGGUUGUUGAUAAGAAAUUAAAUAUCAAAUGUCCUUGAAUCUUGGCCCAAUAGUUCUAUUUGGAACUUUAAAAAAUCUCAAGUGUGUGUUUUCUUGUUUGAAAAGCAGCAUUCUGACUAGUUUAUUAAUACAGAAUUAAUUGGCUAAGCAGUAACAAAUGUCUAUAUUCAAAUCAGAAAAAAAAAUGUUAUUAGCAUUAAAAUCUACUGUAUAUUACUAAACUACUGAAGCCAGUGAAAAAUUCAGCAAUCACAACUGAAAAUCUUGAAGAAAGGUGUCAGUGUAACUUUAGCAUGUGUGUGUUGAGUCCCUAACCUCAAGGAGCACUUCCCUGGUGCUGAUUUUGCCUUACCCAUAACUGACUUCCAGCAGGGAAUCAUUACUUGCAUGUACUCCCAUCCCUGCCAAUCCCAUUCAAUCUGGGAUAAACUUAGGUAAAAUGGCAACUAGUUCCUGAACUGCAUCUCCAUUUAUUUCCAUUCAUCUUAAGGUGAUACCUUCCCAAAUAAUGUGAUUUACUAAAUGAUAACUGACAUACUUACUGUUUUUCUGAACAACUCUAAUUCAAUUUCCGUAUAGUCAGAUGCCAUUUUAGUUAUUUCAGUUUCUGCCAAAUUCACCUAAAAAAAGAAAUAAACUGAAAUCAAAGUGUCAUUGUAGUUUUACACCAGAAACUGUAAAAGGUCCUCUGAGGUAAAGAAUACAUCAACUUACAGUUAACAGAAAUGUCAUUUCUUUAAGGGGCACGAAAGAGACUGAUCCUUGAAGUGCACUCUAUGGUACUCCAGUCCUUUAUUUACAACCCUUGAUCUUCCAGCCACAUGUUCUCCAGAGCUGCCUCUGCCCAGGCCAAGCCCUUCAUCAACCCAAACCCCCCGAAGUAACACAGAGGCUGCAGCAGAGCUGACAUGUCAAACCAGGCACAGUGCUGGACAGCAGCACGAACUACGUUAUCAGUCACCUUUUUUUCCACUCUGAAAAACAAUUGCUGAUCUGGAGAAACUUCUUACAGGCCACUCCUCAGCAACCCCUUUGUGCUAGGUUGAUUUUUGAGUAGGAGAAAAAGAAAACUAAUGUUGGAAGGCUCUGUUUUCUAAUUUAAAAAUCUGUCUCAAGAAAUAAAGUCUCCUGUGGAAAAGGAAUCUCACUUCAGCACUUAAGAAAGGUUUAUGUUAAAUAACUCCAACACUGCUGUGGUCCUUGCUGCCAUGUCCUAUCCCACAAACCAGGGCUGUGGCAAUUUAUCCUCCCCCUUCCCUGUCCUACCAGCAGUUCCUGCAGCUGCUGCUGGCCCCACACAAACACGGCACCUACACAAACACAGCUGGCCCCACACAAACACAGCAGGUACCUACUACAGCAUAAUGUGCUCUCCCAUCCUCUUCUGACAUUCCUUUCCGGACCUGCAUAAACAAAGGCUGCAGGUGCCUGUUAAUAGUGCUGAUGAAAUCAUCCAGUUUAUCGUGUGCGUAGUAAACUGAAAAUAAAUAAGAAAAAGCACAUACAGAGAAAAGUCAAACAACUACACACCAGGCAGAUUUUUUCUGUGAAACGUUUUUUCCCCAGGUAAAAGCACUAAAACUCCAUGAGGCAAAUUCAAACAGGGCUGUUCUAUUCAGCAGAUGUAUCAUUUUCUUGUGCUGCUGUCUCCUGGCCUUCAGAGACACUCAGCUCCUUGGAAGUCAGUUGAGAGAGAGUUCAGACAUUCUGCCUUGCUGUAGGGAACCCACAACACUAAUCCAGUAAUUACAGUGACUUGAACUAAGCUGAAUUUAAAAUAAAACACGACUAGGAAAAAUUACUAUUCGGAAUAGAAAAACACACUGGCUUGCUUCCCUUUACGUGCACGUGAUUCCUUGUUUCUGUGCGUUCUGUUUCACAAAUUAAUGGCAGGUAAGCGAUCAAGUUACAUAUCAAAAAAAAUUCUAGUAUUGUAGAAACAUGGGUAGUAUCUUGUGUCGUGUUCUACAAACAAAUACUAGCAGCAGUUCUAUCACAGACAUAAUCAAGAUGGCCUUUGGAGUUGUUCUGUGGAGGUGCAUGCGACGGCUCUUGCCUGCACAGCACCAGCACAACUCUCAGGUCCAUCCAAAACAAGAUUUUGUCAGUGGCAGAACUCCUGUUGCCUUCAUCAGGCUAAGGUUUAAAGGCCAGGGUUAAGAAACAGCUCAUAACUUUAGAUUCAUGUCUCAAAAAUACAACCAGUUGUCACUAAAUUAUCCCUGUUCUCAGUCACAGGAAUCACUUGCGUGUAACGGCAUCGGGCAGGAACAAUAAUAAAGUACAAUAUUUAAAUAUAAUUUUGCCACCUGGCUGGCCCCUGUCAACAGGAAACACUGCACACAGCACAAUCAGGGAGUGUUAGUAACAGAUCUGAAAGUGGGUAAAAGAUGAAAGAUAACAGAAUAUUCUUUUGUUCAACAGCUCGAAUAUUUUAAUGUGAGAUAAGUGGCUGCUCCAGUAGAUCUUCUGUGAAAAAAAGGGAUAUAAACUCUCGAUAAAAAAUGAACAGGAGUCAGACCACACCAAAAGCUGCACUUCGCAAUUUUAGCAUCUAAGAAGGUGGCCAAGUUACAGUUUCUGGCUCAGGAGGCCUAAAAAUAGACUACUUCAUCCUGACCUAACGCCUAUAGAUAAGUAGAUACAAAUCCACAGUAAACCAGAAGAGUCCCUGCAGAGUGGGUAGCACGGUACAAGACACAGGGACACUCCUAAGCCUGGCAGAAGUACAGCUUCCAGGACUAGGAACGGGCAAUACAGUGCAGGUGAGAUGGGACAAAGCACAGCCAUCCACCAGGAAACCUCAUGUCAUCCUCACUGAAACAUUUCUGCAACAUUCGCUUCUCCCACAGCACCGGAUAGAAAUAACUGAAGUGCAUUUACUUAAAAAGCAUUCACUAUAGUUAAGUACUAUCAGCAUCAAAAAUUAUUUUUUAAAACUCAUAUGUAUAAUCUAUAAAAAACAAUUCUGAUAAAAAAAGUGGUAUAUAUGAAUCUGAUUGGAUUAGAAGUUAGUUUACUCACUACUGUGUUACUUUAUCUUUCAGGAAAGAGAGAGGAAACACACAUCAUUACAAUUUUUUAACUUUUUUUAGGUGGUGUGUGUCUUUCAGAAAUCCAAUUAUUUGUAAGCUGCACCAGGAGAAAAAAAACCACUUCUUCCAUCUCCAAGACAAACACACCUUUAUCAGUUUCACAGCAGUGGUGGUGUAAUUUCCUGGCCUCUGAUCCUUCUGUUAUCCCCUUAGACAUCAGAACCUGCAAGAACCGCCGAUGAGCAUCAGUCAUCUGAGCCGCCAUCGCAGUGUCCCACCAGGCUUCACGUGCUGCAGGAGGUGUAAGAUGGAAUUAAUGCACAUGUUCAUACAAAUUAAGAAUACACAGUCCAAGCAUAUAUAAGAUUUCAAUUAAACUCUCUUACAUUGAAUGAGGGCAAAAGAGCAGAUCCCCAGACUGUCCUCAGAUGGUGACCAGCUCUGAGGUUCCGGAAGGCUGCAAAAGAUUAAGUCCAACUUAAUCUUCUAGCUACAAAAUAGAACAAGGUAGGCAUUGUGCUACUGUCACCAAAAAACAGGAAUCAAGCUCCUUAACACCAUGGUAACACUAAGCAGCAGGCACUGCUUUAUUGCAGCGCUGGACACACCGGGCAGUGACUCCUGCCUGAGGUGCACGCUUGGCUCAAGAUGAUACAAUAUUGAGUCUGUGUAGUCUCAGAGGGUCUUCUAGUUGGGUCUUUGGGCACCUGGUGGUCGUUGAGGCUCUGAACUUUGAUCUUCUAAAUAUGGUGCUGUUUUCAUCGAAGCUGCACAGUUUGCUACCGAACAAACUGGAUUGGGCCAGUUUGACUUGUUACAAAUGUGGUUACAGAGCUCCCAAGGUUCCACUCACCGCUACCUCCUCAGUGAUGAGGAGGUAGCUUAUAAACUCUCAUACCCCCAAAGCUGAAAAUAAAUGUGUGACAAACUCAA